AUGAUUGGGGAUGCCAUGACUAACUUAGGGUCUGUAGCAGCUGGACUUAUGUUCCUCUGGACAAUAUUCAGUGGAUGGUUACCUACGCAGUUUCGUGAUCAUGUUGAACAAUAUGUUCAUAGAGUUCGUGAUUAUGUGUAUCCUUAUAUUGAUAUCACUUUUCAUGAAUACGAAGGAGAUGAGAUUGAGCGAAGCAAAGCAUAUGCAGCCAUCGAGAGGUUCCUCAGCACCAACUCCUCCGAUAGAGCAAACCGGCUCAGAGCAAAAGUGUUCAACGACAAUGAAUCCGUUGUCCUGAGCAUGGACGAAAACGUCGUCGUAAUAGAUGAUUUCCAAGACAUCAAAAUCUGGUGGACUUCGAAGAAAAACAUCCUUCAACAUCAGCCUUUGUAUUCUAAACGUGUUGAUGAAGAGAAGCGAUACUACAAGCUCACAUGUAGAAGAGAGCAUCGUGAUACCAUCAAAAACGCUUAUCUGCAACACGUGCUUCAUGAAGGAAAGGCUAUUGCUGUAAGAACAAGGCAACGUAAGCUCUAUACCAAUAACAAGAGUGAGAAUAUUGGGUAUGGUAACAGGAGAAGUAUGUGGAGCCACAUCAUAUUCGAGCACCCUUCUACCUUUGAUACUCUUGCUAUGGACCCAGUAAAGAAGGAGGUUAUUUUGGAUGAUCUUAGGACCUUCAGUGAGUCGAAAGACUACUAUAAGAAGGUUGGUAAGUCAUGGAAGCGAGGAUAUCUUCUUCAUGGUCCACCGGGAACCGGAAAGUCUAGCAUGAUUGCUGCCAUGGCUAACCUUCUGGAAUACGACAUCUAUGAUCUUGAAUUAUCCUCCGUGAAAGAUAACACGGAUUUAAGGAAGCUACUGAUCGAAACAUCAAGUAAGUCUAUAAUUGUAAUAGAGGACAUCGAUUGUUCACUUGAUCUCACCGGUCAGAGAAAGAAGAAAAAUGAAGAGAAUAAAGACGAUGACGAGACGAUUGAUCCAAUUCUCAAAAAGGCACAGGAGGAGAAAGAGAAGAAUAAGGGAAGUGAAGUCACUUUGUCUGGGCUUCUGAACUUCGUUGAUGGGCUAUGGUCAGCUUGUGGUAGUGAGAGGUUGAUCGUCUUCACAACAAACUUUUUAGACAAGCUUGACGUUGCUCUCACACGACGGGGAAGGAUGGAUAUGCAUAUCGAGUUGUCGUAUUGUUGUUUUGAAGCAUUUAAGGUGCUUGCAAAGAACUAUAUGGAUCUCGAAUCACAUGAGUUGUUUGGAAUCAUUAGUGGAUUGCUGAAAGAGACGAACAUAACUCCAGCCGAUGUUGCUGAAGAUUUGAUACGAAAGUCAGCUAAACAAGACGUUGAGAGUUGCUUAAAAAACUUGAUCAAUUCUUUGAAGAAGGCAAAAGAAGAAGCACGGCUCAAAGCUGUGAAGGACGCAAGGAUGAAAGAUGAGGCAGGCCCAUCAAGUUGCUGA